UAUGAUAAAAAUAUAUCGUAAUAUCUACUCUAAAUGAUUUUGGGAAGAAUUCAAGGUUCGUAACAAUCUUUAAUUAAGUUUGCAUUACUUACAGCAUGACGCGGCGCCGUCGAUACACGAAGGAAUGUCGUCGUUAAGAAAGAAUGAAAGAAAGAAAAAAGAAAGAAAGCAAUCGAUUCGAUUAUAUCCAACAUCGUUGUUCGGUUCAAUAUUUCCGCCACGCCUGAGAACUAGAAGUGAAUUUCUCGGAAGGAACGGGACCGAUCGAUUAAAGAACGUAAAAUAACUAUUAACUAUUUUGAGAACUCGAUCGGGUGGUUAUAUGAAUGCUUACGAAUUCUUUUCGUAAAUAUAACAAACACGGAAUACGUUUCAUGGGAACUUUCCUGCUGAUAAGAAAACGAGAUAACCAUGACAAUCUCCGAUUCGACCGAAAACAUUUCUUUUAUCUAUUUUCGUCCAUUAUCUAUUUUUGUUCAACACACUUACUAUCAAACGAAAAUUUCAAUAUUAUAUUACCUUACGUCAUCAAAUGAUUCUGAAGAUUAUAAAGCGAUAUUAUACUUUCAAUCAGUCUCCUCUUCCAUUGCGUAGAUUGUAAGCCGCUAUCAUAUCGUUCGACGUAACGGAUAAGCUGGAUAUGCAUAUAAGUACUUACUUGCAUCGUAGUUUCAUCCGUGAAUUUCUUUCUUUGCUUUGAGAAAAAAAAACUUCAAUAACGUCUCCUUUCGGUAAAAUGCUUUAUAAUAGAUAUUUUUUCGCGAUCGAGUACUUGGUAAAUACGAUUAUCGUUUCUAUCCAUUUAAGUAUACCACACAUAUAAGCUAUUUUUUAAAAACACAUGAUUCACACGCUUAUUAAAAUAUUAGAUAUGCAAUUCGCGUAUCAAUAUAAAGAAAAAAACAGGAAGGCUUAUCUAAUGUUUCAUAUGAUUCAAGCGCAACUUACGAGUCUAAGAUCGUACAGUUUAAUAAAUUAUCGAUCUAUUCCUUCAUUGAUUUAUUUAUCUUAAUAAAUUCAAAAUUGGUCAGAUCCGGUUCAAGUUUUAAACGAAACGGUUUUACUUGUUAGAAUUACAAUAACAUAAUAUCUUAAGAUCAACGAAAGAAGGAUGAUCGAGAUGAGAAAAAGAUAUUAAGGAAUAAACGAAAUAUUCGAUAGAAGAAAACUUACGAUUCGAGAGAAUCGAUCACGUGAGAUCGAUGAAAAUCAUUUACAAUUUAUAUCAUUGUUUAUAUCAUAUAAACUACGUCAAGAUAUUAAAAGAGUAUAAACAAGUGGCACAAGAUCUAAUAUACUUCGUUCUUAAUAUCUAUCAAAACCGUGUAAGGCGAUAACUAGUUUUCGAAGAAUUAUAAUUAUAAAUAAUCGUAUGAAUAAGCCGAAAUAAGAAGUAUCGCGAAAUUUACGUAAGUAAACCAGUCUUCUCAUUGUUCGGAACAAUUGUAAACGGAAUGUCGUGAUAUUCAGGACGUACGUAAGAAUUCAUGGAAUAAUGGCGUGUUGACUAAUUGAUAGUGAAAUUGGAAAAAACGAACGAAAAAAUUAGUUUUAUUAUUCUUCCUUCUCUGUCACUCUCUUUAUCUCGUGAUCUUACAUUGUUUAUUCUCUUGUGUAUAUUCUACGAAUUCAAUGUUCCAACGUAGUAACAACAGAACUUCGAUAUUCAUCAUACACACAUAUAUACGACGUUCUCUUUCAAUUUUUCGUAACGAGUCUCAACUUCGACUAUUUCAAGCGGAACAAAGAAUUACAGGGACAUUUUUUUCAUUUUACUUUUUGCUAUAUUACCAAGAUUUUGCGGCCUAUGAAAUACGAUACAUCGAAUCUCGAUAGAAAAUUAAUGUCUAUCCAGCAAAAGUUUCCAAACUAGACCAUUGAAGUGCAACAAAGUUUUAUUUGAUGCAGUGCGGUAGUGUCUAGGUCACAAUAUUACAUUUCAACAUAGUUACAGAGACACACUUUUGAACAUUCUUGUCCCUUGAGUGAUACAUACUAUAUAAACAAAAAAGUUUCGAUUGUUUAAAUCAAAUAUCGAAGGCACGUAUGCACGGUAUCUACGAUACUCUUAACUUUCGAUGGAAUACCAAUUUUUAUGUAACACGUUCGUGUCAGUAGUAAUACCGGUAGAGUUACAAAGAAAAUAAAGAAAAAAGAAAAUGAUCGUUGGCGAGACAAAAAAGAGGAACUAUCCAAAAAGGUGAUACAACGAGAGAAAAGACGGGAUUACCUUUAUACAAUUUCCGUGUAACUCCAUGAGUAUGAGAAAGAGAGAGAGAGGGAGAGAGAGAGAGAGAAAAGAAAAAGAGAUAGGAGGCUCAGAAUCGCGUGUCACGCGCCGAGUGCGUAGCACACACACGCUCGUCGCGGAUUAUUCGUAGGGCCGUCGUGAAAAGUAAAACGCGUUGGACUCUUGGUAGAUACGAUGUACAAGCGCAUAUACACGUAUUCUUGGUAGUAGAGAGGAAGGGGAAGCUGCACGGCUCACUCGCGAGACAAAACGAGACGAUUCGAUCGGUAAGCGUGAGUAAGAGAGAGAAAGGGGAACGUGCGACGAGCCGUCCGGGGGACGAGAACGGCGGGCAUCGAUUGGCGCGCUAGCCGUGACCCCCACCAUGCCGCUUUCGCUUUCACCCAAUGAGGCCUCACUUUCGCGCUCGCCCGCGCUCCGAGCCACGGCAGCCGGCACGCUGUCGUCGCCGGUACUCUCAGUGAUUCUGGUGCACCCUAAGUGUGAGCGAAUGUGCGAGAGCGUGCGUUUUUUCCUCUCGUCAUAUUUCUCAGAGCCACGCACGAGAGAAAAGAGAGAGAGAAAGACAAAUAAAAGAAAGAACGUGACAGAAAAAAACGUUCUUACGUUGGUGAUUUUCUAUUCGCGAUUUGGUUGCUAAUAUUCAUUGAAGGCACGAAAAUUUAAGAGAGAGAGGAGAGAGAGGGGGAGUGGGAGAGAGAGAGAGAGAGAGAAAGGUCUUAUUCAUCCUUUGAAAAUUGCGUUUCGUCGAACGUCGCGCGCGCCCCUCACCGGUGACCCUGACACUCGGACACACCGGGCACACACGGCGCGCACGUCCUUCUUCGUGUUCUACAGCAGGUGGGAGAAGAAAACAAGAACAAGAAAGAAGACAGAAACAGCAGCAUUAGUAUCAGCAUCAGCAUCAGCAUCAGCAUCAGCAUCAGCAUCAGCAUCAGCAUCAGCAUCAGCAUCAACAUCGAAGCAACCGCCUACCAGUUCCACGGUACGCGAUCAUCGAGAGAAACUCGCCUACGUUGUUUCUCGUUACAUUCGACUGAGUCAUCGAGAGAAAAAAAAGAGACGCGUUUUCGAUCUUAACGUGAAGUUUGUGCGUUUCGAGAAAAGAAUCUAAAGAACGAAGUACUCCAAGUGUCCACCCUUCAACGGUGUCGCCUCGAUCGAGCUGACCUUGACUUUGAUUUUUCGCCGAUCUUUGUGGUCUCGUUUUACCGAAUUCGUCGAGUCAAUUUUUGCGCCUGUAGAUGGAUGAAUGAAUCUUCCCUGUCGUCGAAUUCUAACCUCUGAAUAACAUCUAGAACGAGACGCGCGCGCUCAUUCGCCGAUCAGGAAAGAGACUGAGAAAGAGAGAGAGAGAAAGACCACGUGACUUUCAUCUUGCUUCUCGAACGUGGAAUCGCGAAACAGGCGGGAAAAUGACCAAGUGAUCUGUACGUUAAGUACUCAAACGCUAGUAGCAGUUCGGCGUCAGUUGCAGCGUUUGCUGCUGGAAGAUAAGAAGAGGAGGAAACAGGGUAAAAUUAUUGACGAAGAGGAGGGACAAAGGUAGGUGAGAGAGAGAGAGAGAGAGAGAGAGAGAGAGAGAGAGAGAGAGAGAGAGAAAGAGAGACGAAAAUCAAGAAAAACGGCUGCAACGGCUUUUGAGGUCGCUUGUUUGAGAGCCAUGGCCCCUCGGCGCCACGGCAACGGUCACGCUACUGGUGGUGGCCUCGGAGACAACAACGGUGUAGGUGCGACCGGAAGUAACGACGCCGUUCAAAUGGACAACAAUCUCGUGGUUGGCCAGAACAAUAACAUCAACAACGGCAUCAACAAUAACCAAGGUACGACUCGUUGCUGCACACCGACGGGCGAAUGUCUGCGCAGUGACUCUCUUAUUCGAAUGAACGCCUUGCAUGAUACGGUCAAGGUUAUUUGCAACAACGAGAACUGCCCGGUCGGUCAGUUUAUGCAUCGCGAGUGCUUCGAUGCGUGGGAGCAAACGAUCCUGACCUAUCUUAAAAGCUGCGGACGUGCAAGAAGCUGGUCUGAGAGACAACGUCAUCAAAAUCUCUGGACGAAAAAAGGCUACGAUCUUGCGUUUAAAGCUUGUGGAUGCCGUUGCGGUCGCGGCCAUCUUAAGAAAGACCUCGAUUGGAUGCCACCGGGCUUAGGUAACACUGCCAAUCGUCACGAUGAGAACGAAGCGAAGAAAAAGAAACGACGCAAUCGGCAGAACACUCGGCCGACUUUAGCCGUGUCGGCCGGUCCACCGAACCACUCAAGUCACGUAGUUUCCGCGAACGGACGUGGCACCACCGAAGCACAACUUAUCGAGUCUGGACGUGGCAGGGCCGGAUCCCUUUCAUCGAGCACCGGGUCGAGCUCACCGCCGGCCACCAGCGAACCCAGCGUCAGUCCUCUUCAUCAACCCCAGGCCAUCGUCAAGAAGAAAAGCAAGGUUGACUUUUUUGCAGAUCGGGCCAGACAAAGCUGCGGAGCCAAUGGUAUCUUCUCCCGUCGCUUGGACUUCAGCGCAUUUAACAGCUUGCCCCGCACCAAACUGAACUCCUAUCAUAUUAAGAUGGAGGAUGAAGGUAAUCACGGCAACGACGAUACCAGAUGCUUCAUUUUAUCGACUUUGGCAGCAUUGCAGUGGUCCAGAGUCUCUUGCGUUCUUUGUCGUGCCGCCAUGCUUGUCUUUGAUCGGUAUCCUUUGGUAGACGGCACUUUCUUUCUAUCGCCACGACAACAUUCUCCGGCUUGUGCUGAGGUAAAGGUCGAAGGUCGUACGCAAUUCCUAUCGGCUGUCUGCAUGAGUUGCCUUGAAGGUAGCGGCAAUGCUCCCGUGCGUUGUCGUUGCUGCACUCAACCAUGGGAUGGUUCCAGUUUGGUCCUUGGCACCAUGUACAGCUAUGACAUAUUCGCUGCUAUGCCCUGUUGUACGGAACGUCUCAAGUGCAACAGCUGCCAGAAGCCACUGAUCUACCCUCAUCAACGACUAAACUUUUACUCGGACUACAGCCGCGUGUUCGCCUGCCCGCACUGUAGAACCGUCGACGCCCACUUCGUGAAGCCUCUAUCGGUCUGCUUUACCCGCGAGCAAUUUCAACUCUAUAGUCAGUGGCCGUAACCAUUAGGGAAGUUAGCAAACCGGCGUCUAAGCAGUACGCCGUCCGACCUGAGCCCUCUCUUUUUCGACCCGUUGAUUUCCUUGCUUCGGGCGACCUUGCUCUAGAUAUUAUCUGCGAGAUUAUGACGUUAUUCUUAUCUCAUUACGGCAUUAUUCUUUCUCUCUCUGUCUUCGAGACAACGUCCACAAAAUAAUUUACAGAACGCAUCCGAUUUCUCUCUUCCCCGAUCACAAGUCGAUUUUAUUCGUAACGAAUCCUUCAAAUUCUCUUACCCCUUGGAAAUUAUUCUUUUAGCAGAUGAUCUUGAUCAAUCGCUUU